GAUAAAUUAUCUUACGCACUAAUCAAGCUCUUCUUGCAACUGCGCCUGCGUGAAGCCUGUUCUUGCCCUCCCGUCCAGUAGGCGGCGCUGCCUGCCGAUCCCGGACGUGUGUCAGCAGCGCAAACUACUGCAUGUGACAUUGACAUCAACAGAAGUGCAGCACAAUGAGGCUGACCACUCUGCUGGCGAUAGCGGCCAGGGUGGUUGUGCCCAAGGACUACCGGUACGGCACCAACAGACCGUGGACUGCGGCUGCCAAAAGGUUGAAUCCCCCGGGCAAGAAGAGGAGAAAGGUGUUUGUGGAGCCGUUGGCAUCACACGAGUGGUCUGUGCUCAGAGGGGACACGGUGGAGAUUCUCGCAGGGAAGGACAAAGGGAAGCAGGGAAAAGUGAUCCAAGUCUUCCGACACAGAAACUGGGUUAUCCUAGAGGGACUGAACACACAUCACAGGUAUAUUGGGGCUACUGGAGAUUAUCGUGGGACCUACAUUGCCACCGAGGCUCCCCUCCUGCUGCGUGACAUCACCCUCAUUGACCCCACCGACAGGAAGCCCACAGAAGUGGAGUGGAAAUUCACUGAGGAGGGUGAGAGAGUCAGAGUGUCUGUAAGGACAGGUCGAAUCCUCCCUAAGCCUGUCGUGGAGCGACGAGAUGGCAUCGUGCCAGAGCAGUGGAAAGAUGGCCCCAAAGACACGAGUCCUGAAGACACUCUAGACAAGACAUAUGUGCCAUCUCUCAAAACGCUGGAGGAAGAGGUCAUGGAGAAAAUGGGUAUUGAGGAGCCAAGGCGGCACAAAAAGUCCUACUGGUACUGACCACAGAAAUCAGAGACACUCACCCCUUGGUGGAAGUCGUGCUGAGGACAAUGGGUCAGGACGGAAUGAGUUAGGCUCUUGGACGGUAAAACACAGACGUAAUACACAACUAUUAAGGUAAUGAUAGCUAUGUUAAAAUGCUUUGAGGUGAAACAGUUGUAUAAACCCAGUUGAUAACAGACAUGUACCUUUAAUGUUUCUGAAAUGUGUUCUCUUUAUAAUAUAGUGAAUAAAUGUCACAUAAACUAA